CGCUAUAUUUUAUUUUAUUCAAUCCUCUCUCUCUCUUCUUCGCUCUUCGUCUUCGCCGUCGCUAUUCACUGUGCCGCCGACGAGGAAGAAGCGAACGCGGAAGCAGAGGAAGCGGGAGGCGUAAGGCGAUCUCAAUACGGCUCUUCUUCUCCUAUCUCAAUCUCCAUUUGCAGGAUCUCGUGUCCAAUCGCCUCUUAAGGUGCUAACUUUUGUGGACAACAUGACAUGAUAUUUUGAGGUUCUUGUUGGACCUCUGGAUUCUGCUGGUACACCUUUGUGUUGUUCAUUUGCAGCAUAACUCUAUGGCUAGAAAGGGAUACCAACAAAGGAAUGGGUUGAAUUGUAAUACACCUGACCAUACUGCUGUAAUUUCAGAUUCAGUUAAAGAAAAAUCAGAGAUACAAAAUGGAAUGCCUGCUGAAACUGAUCACCUAAAUACUGAUAAUCUUUGUCAUUCAAGGAGUCCUGGUGCAAAGACAAAAAAAACUAAAGCAAAUGGCAAAAAGAACAGACAACGAGCUGGGCAUGCUCUUGCUGGAGAGAAAUCAGAUGAUGAAAACCCAAUUUUACCUCAAACAAUGGAUAAGUCUCGCAAUUUACAUGAUCUUUCAAGGAGCAAGCCUUCUUCAGAUGCUUCCAAGAAAGCAGGAACUGAUGGAACUUUUUCCGACAUUGAUGGACUGCAUGUUGAAAGUAACAAUGCAACUUUCAUAGCCAUGGCUUCAAGGAACUUAAGAUCUUCGGUCCUAUAUGUUUCUACAGCAGCUACUCGUUGGCUUGAAGAACAGAAACCAUGGUUCAAAGCAAUAAAUUCUGUUAUCCACAAGAGUCAGUGUUAUGCUCGUGCUAAACUUGGACAUGCUUAUCCUAUUAUUUUGGCAUGGGCUAUGUAUUGUGGUAAAUUGGUUUUGCUUCUAUCCAUGGUUUGGCUGGACUGCAGUAUUCGAGGUCUUGAUUCUCUGUUACGGUUGGGAACAACAUCUUUCCUUACAACAGUUUGGUGCAGCAUACUUUCAAUUACUGCAAUGAUUGGAUUUGUGAAAAUGAUAAUAGUCAUGGUCAUUGCUACUGCAAUGGUAAUUGUCAUUGGUAUUGGACUAUCAAUUCUGAUUUUGGCUGUCCUUGCUAUGGGGAUCUUGUGGUUCUAUGGCAGCUUUUGGGUAACAGGGUUUGUGUCAAUUCUUUCAGGAAUCACAUUUGUGCUCGGCCAUGAUCGGAUUGCCCUCCUUAUCACCACACUAUAUUCUAUGCACUGUGUUAGAUGCUACUUAGGAUGGCUUGGGCUGUUCUUCAGCCUUAAUGCUUCUUUUAUUUCCACGGAUUUUCUUAUUUACUUUCUGAAGAAUAACAUUAAUGACUAUAAGUCUGGCAGUGCUUCAGGGGAAGCUAGGCAAAACCAGAGUCAAGCUGGCUUUUCCUUUAGGGAGUCUUCUCAUUCUUCACAUGGGGGCGAUGCUUUCCAUUCUUCAUCUAAUAUGCCACCUGAUCGUAGCUCAGGCUUUCCUUCAACUAGUGGAACUGAGGAAUUGACCUCUGAAGAUGAAGUGGCUCGGUUGUUGAAGUGCUCAGAUCACUAUUCAGCUCUAGGUUUCUCACGCUAUGAAAAUGUAGAUGUCACUCAACUCAAGAGAGAGUAUAGAAAGAAGGCAAUGCUUGUCCACCCUGAUAAAAAUAUGGGUAACGACAAAGCUGCAGAAGCAUUUAAAAAGCUCCAAAAUGGAUAUGAGGUUCUGUUAGAUUCUUUGAAGCGGAAAGCCUAUGAUGAAGAAUUGAGAAAGGAAGAGCUAUUGAACUAUUUCCGAAGAUUUCAGAAUUCUCCGCGACAGAAAGGGAAACAUGGUAUUUUCAGACCAGGAUUUAGUCACUCUGAAACCGAAUAUGAAGGCUCGUACAAAGGAGAAUCAAGAAGAAUAGCCUGCAAGAAAUGCAAAGAUUUUCACAUCUGGAUUUGCACAGAUAAAUCUAAAUCCCAAGCAAGAUGGUGCCAGGAUUGCAAAGAGUUCCACCAAGCCAAAGAUGGCGACGGUUGGGUUGAACAAUCUUCCCAACCUCUUUUAUUGGGAUUAAUGCAGAAGUUGGAUCUGCCAAGAGUGUAUGUAUGUGCAAAUAGCAAAAUUUACGAGGUGACGGAUUGGUUUGCCUGUCAGGGAAUGAAUUGUCCUGCCAACACUCACAAACCAAGUUUUCACGUCAACACCAGCCUAACCAAGCAAGCAAGCUUCAAAGGAACAGGAACAGCUUCAUCUUCCACCCCAAGAGACGAGACCAUGACAGAGGAAGAAUUCUUUGAGUGGUUGCAGAACGCGAUGCAGUCAGGCAUGUUCGAAACCAACAGCACCACUCCGAGCGAGAGCCCUUCGCCCGCGAAUGGCAGCAGUUCCUCCAAGAGCAGCAGCACGAAGAGGAAAAAGAAAGGGAAGAAGCAAUGGUGAACACAACCAACAUAAUCAAGGCGAGGCGGGCGCAAAGAACUGGGGUAAAUUCAUCCUCAUACUUGUAGAUGUGGUAAAAUAAUCUUAAAAGGAAACGACACCGUAUCAAAUAUACAUGCUCUCUGCCCUUUUGAAUUUACUAUUUUGCCGCUCAGUUACUGCUACUUGUUAUGAGCAAUAUUUUUAAUUUGGCAAUAACAGAAGUCAGAAGGUUAGCCUGUUCUGUGCCA